UUUUCAAUCAACACUUUUUCGACCAGUUUGCCCGAACCCCCUGCGAUGUCAUCAAAACAAAGCGACUGACAGAUUCCGUCAAGCAGUUCCGCAAAAACGUGAACGCUCGCGAGUUGGAGUUUUUAAUCGCACCCGCAGGAAUUUGUUAAAAAAUUUGUGUGAACCGUUGCUAACAAUUUCCCCGGGCUAGCGCCUCAGUGCGGUGUGGUUAGGAUAAGUUUUCUUACGACAAAAAAAGCUGACGAAAUAAGCCAGAGCAAGUAAACCAUGUACGAUCUCAAACCCAUUCUGAAGCCGGUGCAAAUCGAGCUACCGACCUGCAUGUACCCGAUGAAACCGAUCAUUACGGCGCACCAGGGAGGAAACGCCGCCGCUGACCAGAGCACGGUAUUUAUGGGAAAAUUGUCCGAAAAGAUUAGAGAUUUACUGCUCAAGGAGGAUCAAGCCGAUCUGCAAGUGCUGGCAGCAAAGCAGGAAAAAGUGCUGCAACAGCUUGCCGAACUUAAAAAUCAACUCCUGUCGAUGCGAACCGAUCUUAAACUUUGCAACAAACCUGCACAACCCCCGUCGACUGCCGCAGCCGUAAAACCGGAAAGCAAACCACAGGUCAAGAAAAUUGAACCGAUUAAUCUCUCCUACCUGCAAGACUUCGUGGUGAACGCCAGUCCUCAGAACAUCCCGUACGGUUUGCUGGUCCUCAAGAAGCUGUGGAUCGAACGACUCAACCUGCAGGUGGAAUGCUUUACCCACUCGACGAUCCCGCAGCUCAGCCCGGAAGCGCUCAAGUUUCAGCAAACGAUCACCAGUCUCGAACCGAAGAACGAGAGCCUGCCGAAGCUGAAGGUUACGCUGAUUUGGAAAAAUGUGGGCACCUACACCGAAAUGAUCACAUCCCCCACGGCGUACGUUCCCAUCUGCGGGGAAGUUAAUAUCCUGCGGUUCCUGUCUCGUUGUGGGCCUAGCGAAUUCAACUAUGAGCGAACGGAUGACGUUACCGAAGCUGAUUCCAUCUUGGACAGCUGCUAUCUGCUGAUCAACAAGCAGAACGUUAAGGAUAAGAAGCUUGUGUUGAAAACGCUCUCGGCGAAGUUGGGCAAAACGCCAUCCUUCGGAGGCAGCGACAUUUCUCUUUGCGACAUUGCAGCUACCAGUGCGAUCAAACAGGUGCAUCAGGCCCUGGCUAAAGACAUCAAUCCGAACAUGGCAAAGCUAGUGGCGCGUGUUUCUGCUGUUGUUGGAAUCUAGGAAGGAGUUGAGCGAUCAAAAACAUUAUCCGAUCACAAUAAUUAAAGUUGAAUGACGCAUUUUAGUUAUGUGUUAUGCGAGAAAUGCUCCAAAAUGUCAAUGUUUACUCAAAAAACUGUGCUUCGAAGUUAGUAGGAACAAAAUACAUGAACUCAUAAAAUCAUA